UAGUACACUUUGGGGUAGGGUUGAUCCCCAGAAAGGAACACGGCAUCGGUUGGUGGGGUUUGCAAUGAAACGGCCAAUUAAUUAGGCGAGAACACUCGCAGUAGUGUAUGGACAGAAAAAUCGGGCGAAGUAGGCAGUGCGAUUGAUUACAUACCAGAGAGAAGUUCCAGCCAACGUUGGACACGCUCUGAUUGCCAUCCCAAGGCGUAAGAGGCUAUUGGCAUCUGUAAACGGAGCCCAACCAUCAAACUAUCGAUAGGGCUUUUCCUUUGGUCAGUGUGUGAAGCAGUGCACAGCAAAGCGCGUUACUAAUUUUGCCUUUCGACGGCAUCAGUCAGGGUUUGCUGCAGAGAUGGAGAACUCCACACCGGACCGCACCACGUACGUAUCGGAUUACUUUGCAAAUCUGAACGAAAUCUCCAAAAAGAUCGCGCUCGACAUCGACGAGAUUCGCGGCGCGUACGAACACAUCUGGGACGAUCUGAGCCGCGAGGAGCAGAUGGAAAUCGUGAACGAAACGAUCAUCAAACCGGAAUUGGCAUUGAAGUAUUUUGAUAAUUUCUCCACAUCGACCGAUUCGCUGCAGCGAAUCCUUGGUACCGAUGAUGACGACGCCACCGGAGAGGAAGAUCGAAAUGCCAAUCUGUACGACGGCAAACGUUUGCAGACUUUCCAGUAUGUGCGAACCGGGCGCAAGCUAGUGACGGACGACAGUGCGGGCCUUUAUCGGGACGAACAUUCGGCUCCGUUUUCGCACAAAACCAAAAGCCAAAUAAAUUUAACCAUCUUUCCGCCGGAAAAGGAUGGCAAGGAAGCGGACAAAACGGAUGCCGGUGGGAAGGCAGUGGGACUGCUAGCGAAAAAGUUGCUGCUCAAGUCACCGAAAUCGGACGAUACUGGUGGACUGGUGAAAGGAAAGGGAGCGCUUGUAAAGGGAAUGUCUAAAGGGCACGAAGAACCAUCGAAAGAGCUGCCAGCGUACGAUAGCAAGCAGAACAUCAUCCUGACGGAGGAAGCGUACGGCACGAAGGCAACCGGAGCGGGCUUUUUGAGUAAGUUUAACAAUCUCAUCUUUAACCAAGCACCGAUGGAAAUGACGACGGCAGCAUCGGCUGCUUCGAUCAACGGUAGCGACGAGAUCGAUGGUACACUCGAACAAGACGAGUUCGAUACCGACAACGAUAAGGUGAACCUGUUCACCAAGAGCUCCAAAAACGAGUGCCUUCACCGUGCGCAAUCGUCCUCGGUUGAGGAGGACGAUAAGAACUACGACGAGCUGAACAGCUUGCUCGGCAACAGCAAAGGGUUCGAUUUUCUGAACAACUGGUAAAACGGCUCCAUACGGCUUCGGUGCGGUCUUGCCUUUUAGCCAUUAGCGCGCAUCCCUAUACAACAAUAAGCCCUCUAGUCGCUUUAAUUUGCUGUCGAGUUUGCCACCGCGCUUUGAUGUAAGAGUAUUUUUACGCCAACACAGACACAGGGUUUCAACCGUUUGGUCAGUUUGCGCGGGUAGCGGUCAUCGACGAUCGUAGGACAAUUUGUUAGCAAAAAGCAUACAGCUUAGACAGUUGCUCCAGUUUCUUUCUCUUCCAAUCGCACCAAAGCAGGCGAUUUAUAGCCUUUUUGCGAACGUAGCCUAGGUGACGCAUCGUAGGAUGCGAUCAAAUGAAACAUAAUUAUUUAUCCUCUAACUAGCUCCUAGUUCCCUCCCAAUCUAUAAAAAUACUCAUACGAGAACAAAAUGAACAAUAUCAAAUAAUUCCAAACAGACUGAUUACAAUUGCGAUCCACACGUUCGGUAAAAAAACAAACAUUUAAAUUACUCCUUCGGGUACGUGUGUGGAUCAGAUAACUGAAACCAAAAAAAGAAUUUACUAUGCGUUUACAACCUUCUAGACGAACUCAUAUGGACAGACAUUCAACUGUUCCCUACAUCCUCUAAAGGCCAUUCUUACGGAACGUUAGAACUUAGGUGUAGGUGUACAAAAAAACGGAAAUUUCGCACUCGCUAAAGAGUGUCGUUUACAUAUGAUUCUUAUCUCAAUUUCUCAUUCACCUUUCAUCAUUUUGUCAUUAGUUUUGAGGUAGGGAUAGCAUAUUUAUUCAUCGAUUC